GUGUUGGACCAACUCGAUCAAUCGCUUAGAAGCGCGGCCGACUCCUAUCGCGGCUUCCUCACGGUAUCUCCGCUGCUCACAGCGUCCUCUCCGCGGCCGACGACCUCGCUCCCGCUCCAGCAACGACGUACCGUCGUCGUGCGUCGCCGUCCGCCGCCGCCGUCGCCCAAUCGCGAGUCGCGAUUCUCGUCACGGCAGUUGCGGAACAGACGAAAAUCUCAGUCACAAACAAAAUUUCAGAUUGGAGACUGAACAAGGGUUAAUUUUGUGCCGAUCCUAUCUCCCGACCUGUCCUUAUCUGUUUGUGCCCUACUAUUAAUUCUCAUCUCGUGCUGAGGAAUCGAACAACCAUGUCGUCUCUGAGGAACGCCAUCCCUCGAAGGACUCACAAAGAGCGUGCUCAGCCCCGAGAAAGAAAGAAGUUUGGGCUUCUCGAGAAACACAAGGAUUAUGUCCUGCGAGCACGGGCAUUCCACCAGAAGGAAGAUACUCUAAGGAGACUAAGAGAUAAGGCAGCUUCUAAAAAUCCAGAUGAGUUCUACUUCAAGAUGGUUAACACACGAAUGGUUGACGGGAUUCAUAGACCCAAGAGCGAAGCUAACAAGUACACACCGGAGCAGCUCAUGCUGAUGAAGACACAAGAUAUUGGAUAUGUUCUUCAGAAAGUUCAAAGUGAAAAGAAGAAAAUUGAAAGAUUAAAUUCUGCUCUUCAUACACUGGAUCAUCAGCCUGAGAACAAGCAUGUGUAUUAUGCCGAGGAUAGGGAAGAAGCCAAAGAAAUACAGUCUAGACAAUUUGAAAAGAGGGAUUCACUUGCUUCUGUAAAGGUUCCAGGUCGUAUAAAAAAGAAAAUAGCUGCAUCUUACAGAGAACUGGAAGCAAGGCAAAAAAGGGUUCAAGACCUGGAAAAGCUCUACUCGGAUAUGGCCUUGCAAAAAGAAUUGCAGAAAUCUGGGAGAAAGCGUAAACUCCGUGAAGAUGAAAUUGUUCAACCGACAACUAGACCCGUGUAUAAAUGGCGUGCGGAACGCAAGCGUUAAAUUAUAUUCAUUGUCGCCACUAAUUUGUUGCUACUCAUCUUUAUGAAACCCCAGUGGUUGGUUGGUUCAAGGAAAUAAAUUGAUCGAUCCAAAGAACAUGUGCAGGUUCAGCUGGAAUUUUCCUUUUUUUUUUUUCUAUUAUGUAACCAGAUAUUUAUGGAAACUAGUCAGUAACAUGAGAUUUAAUGAUCAGAACUUGUCUGUUUAUGUGCAUUACUAUUAAUUAGAUUUUAUCUGAACAUAACUGCUGUCACUUGAGGAAGCAUUAUUACAUUGAAAGCCGAUGAUUAGGGUCCUACAUUGAGGUGGUGUGUUCUAAACUUCUAAUUUUGGUCCUGACCUUGCAUCCAGCUGCCAUUCCCCAGGAAGAGAUUGCAGCACUGAAAACCCAUGGACUUGCAGUCCCUAUUUGGUGAAUAGGAUUGACUCACUGAAAUCAAAUAAAUAUUUUUUCCUUCAAGCUUUUAGUUUUGAAUAAUAAUGUUAAUAAUAAUACUGGAAGAAAUGUCAUCUUAUUCUUCCAUCUUAUCUGCAAGUUCUUCUGUUAGGAAGCAUAAUCUAAAACUAUUACUUCUUCAUGCAUUUACAUGAAAAUAGUUACUUCUCUUAGCUGCAGGAACUUUUCUGCUGUUUAUGAUGACAGUUUUGACUGGAUGGAUAGCUGACUAAGAGUUCCUAAUCUGCAUUCAAGUUACUUGUGCAGUGAAGCAGAUGAGUUAUCUGGUACAAUGAUUGAUAGGGAAAGUGGGAGUGGCUUGGACCUGCAAGUGGAUUCUCCACUCUAGACAACAUCAAAUUGCAUCCAUGUUAUGUCUCCUAUGUGGGUAAUACAUUGAUGCUGAUCUGUUGGAUGAGGAAAAGCUCAAGUGAAAGACCCUCUCAGCUCUUCUCCUUCAAGAUAGCAAAAGGUACAUUGGAAAGAAAGAGAGCCAUCCACUGAAGCCACACACCUUCCAUGUCCAUGGAGAAAAGGAGUAUGUUGGUCACUAAGAAUACAUUAGUCAUCUCAAAGGGGAGGUGGAAGCCUGACUUUGCUAUGUUUCAAAUAACCUACUCAAAUGUUUUCAUUUGUGCUAUUCUGUGCUGAUUUUUCACUC